CUCCUGUUUUGCCCCCUUGCUCAGGGCAUACCUUUCCAGCAUGACGAAGGCCAUGUUCCUCCUCCACCUUCUCCUCCUCCUCCUCCCUGUCCUCGGGCUGAUGGCACAAGAGUGUGCUAAGUGCACCAUAGACUCAAUCGUGGACCUGAAGAUCCAAAUGGCUUUGGAGCAGCAUGUGUCUGCAGCCCUGAACAAGUCGCAAUUCCUCUGCACCAGCGUCACCACCCGAGGAAACCUGGCCUCUUGCCCCCUCGGUUACCUGGCCACAGGCUGCUCAUGUGGCUUUGCCUGUGGGUCUUGGGACAUCCGCUCAGAGAUCACAUGCCACUGUCAGUGUGCCAACAUGGACUGGACCUCGGCCCGCUGCUGCCACUUGACCUUCUGACCCCAUCAGGGACACGCAUCCCAGCCCAGAUCUGACCCCGACCACCUCACCCCUCCCGCGCUGGCUGCUGGCACCCAGCCCUGCCUGGUCUAGAUAAACGGAGAGUUCUGCUACA